AUGCUUCACAGCGCGGCCGGACCAAAAUUUCGAGCAGUCGAAGCAGCCGACGGUGCGGACGCCAUCUUCAACAUUUUCAAAAAUGAUGGCUGCGUCGUCAUCAAGCACGCCCUCAGCCCAGAGCAGGUGAAGACUUUGAAUGCCGAGAUCGACAUUCCCAUGUCCAAGAUCGAUGCAGGCUCAGACAAGACGGAUCCUGAAAUCCAGGAGUUUCACGGCGCCCAAACCAAGCGCCUGACGAACCUGGUCACCCACAGCAGAGUAUUGCGCGAAGAAAUUCUCAACCACGAUCUUAUCCACUCUGUGUGUGAGGCGGUCUUCAAGGCGGAUUCUGGAGACUACUGGAUGACCACAGCUCAGGCAAUCGAUAUUGGUCCCGGCAACAAAGCACAACCACUGCACCGCGAUUUGGCACAGUACCCGAUAUUUAUAAACAUGGGUCGCGAUGGUCCCGAAGCGAUUAUCAAUUUCUUCAUCGCACUAACCGAGUUCACGGCCGAGAACGGGGCCACUCGAUGUAUUCCUGGUAGUCACCGGGACGAGAACUUGUGGGACUUUGGACAGCCUGAAAACACUGUCCCUGCCGUGAUGGAAGCAGGAGACAUUUUCUUGUUUUGCGGCAAACUGAUCCACGGGGGCGGUGUGAAUCGGACCACUGACUUUGUUCGGCGCGCCAUCUCGCUGCCCUUUCAGGCCUCCUAUCUGACUCCCGAGGAAGCAUAUCCUUUCUUGGUGGAUAAGGACAUUGUAAAGUCGAUGCCGCCACGAGCUCAGAAGAUGAUUGGGUUCCGCUCGGUUUUCCCGAAGGGCAGUCCUGGCCUGUGGCAGAGCGAUGGCAGAGAGCUGGCCACAAUCCUUGGGCUAUAA